GCUCUGGACCAACCAGGUAGCACGUAGGACGUUUGCGCAACAACAGUAUGACGUAGUCCGUGUGGUUGAGACUUGUAUUCGGAAGUGAGAUGACAAGCUCGACGUUACUCAUAUUUUCCACUAGUAGCAGAUGAGAACAGCGAUCUCAGUUUAAAGGUUGCUGUUCAGAUGAGGAGGGUUUGACUGGUUGACCCUGCAUCUUGCCCUCCAUUACCAUGGCAACACUCCAUUUUCGUGCCCUCCUGAUCCUCUUUUCUCUGUCCUCCUUCAUCCUCUUUCUUGUGACCCUCCUGCCCACUGUUGCCCUAUCAGUUCCCUUUUUUUCUUCCUCCCCUCCCUCACCUUGGCCGUCACCCUCCUGCAGGCUGGGUCAGUCCUGGGCUGUCCGGCUCCAUGCUGGUUCACAUCACGAGGAAGAAGAUGGUGAACAGGGUUCUGUUCACCUAGAUGUGAUAGCCAACAGGGUAGCUGAGCAUGCUGGGCUGCAGAACCAGGGCCAGAUUGGACAGCUAGAAGGCCACUACUUGCUGUGUUCUGUUAAACCUGGAAAUGGAUCUGUGGCUGGUGUUUUGAACAAGGGUGUCCAUCCUGGGGAUGUCCUGGCAGCCCACCCUAAUGUCCUGUGGCACUCCCAAGAGAGAUUACUGAGCCGCUCUAAGAGAUCAGUGGCCUUCAAUGAUCCCCGCUACCCUAAACAGUGGCAUCUGCACAAUGAUCUCAAUAAGGGUAUGGACAUCAAUGUAACGGGCGUGUGGGAGCACAACAUCACUGGUCGGGGAGUCACUGUAGUGGUGGUAGAUGACGGCGUCGAACACACUCACCAGGACAUUCAGCCCAACUAUAGUCCAGAGGGUAGUUACGACUUAAACUCCAAUGACCCAGACCCCAUGCCUCACCCAGACUUCCACAGCGGCAACCACCAUGGGACACGAUGUGCUGGCGAGAUCGCAGCCGUUCCCAACAACAGCUUCUGUGCUGUAGGGGUUGCCUAUGGCAGCAAGGUGGCAGGUAUCAGAGUCUUGGAUGGCCCACUGACAGACAGCCUGGAGGCCAUAGCCUUCAACAAGCACUAUCAGGUCAAUGACAUCUACAGCUGCAGUUGGGGUCCAGAUGAUGAUGGACACACAGUGGAUGGCCCCCAUCCACUGGGCAAGGCAGCAUUACAGCAUGGAGUGAUUGCAGGCAGGCAAGGUUUCGGCAGCAUCUUUGUGGUUGCCAGUGGCAAUGGAGGGCAGUACAAUGACAACUGCAACUAUGAUGGCUACGCUAACUCCAUAUACACCAUCACAAUUGGAGCAGUCGAUGAAAAAGGCAGGAUGCCUUUCUAUGCUGAAGAGUGUGCAUCUAUGUUGGCUGUCACUUUUAGCAGCGGUGGGGAAAAGCUGAGGAGUAUUGUGACAUCAGACUGGUCCAUGCAGCGGGGGACAGGCUGUACGGAGGGCCACACAGGCACAUCUGCCGCAGCCCCCCUGGCGGCAGGAAUGGUGGCCCUCAUGUUGCAGGUCCGUCCUUGCCUCACCUGGAGGGACGUCCAGCACAUAAUCACCUUCACUGCUACCAAAUGUGAUAACAGUGCAGACUGGAAGGUGAAUGGAGCUGGUUUCCACCACAGCCACCAGCACGGCUUCGGUCUGCUCAAUGCAUGGAGACUCGUCAAUGCUGCCAAGGUGUGGGAGUCAGUGCCAUUCCUUGUAUCCUAUCAGAGCUCAGUAAUAAAAGAGGAAGUGUCCAUCUCGACUGAAGAGCUGAUCCGCACCUGGCAAGUCACUGCUGCUGACCUGAGACAGUCUGGAAUGCAGACGCUGGAGCAUGUGGCUGUCACCGUGACGAUAACCCACCCUUGCCGUGGCAACUUGGAGAUUGUAUUGGUCUGCCCCAGUGGUAUGUCAUCAGUCAUCGGAGCACGGCGUACCAUCGACAGAGACCCUUCAGGCUACCAGGACUGGACUUUCUCCACUGUACGCUGCUGGGGAGAGAGAGCUGAAGGCCAGUACAUCCUCAAGAUAUCUGACCACAAGAAGCCAUUUCUUGAGGAGUGUGCCACUGCAGGAGUGCUGAAGCAGUGGGCUUUGACCCUCUAUGGUUCCUCUAUGACCUACAGCGAGGUCAAGGACAGACAAAGGCUGGUGGAAGAAGCUAUGAGUGGCAAGUAUCUGGAUAGCAGCUUCUCUCUGCCGUGCCCUCCAGGGCUGGACAUUCCUCCUGAGAUCAUCAGCCCCUUCACCUCUAACAGCCUCAAGUCCCUGCUGUUGCUGGGCUGCUUUGCUCUUUUCUGGUCUCUCUACUACACACUGGAGGUCACACUGACCCACGUGGACCUCAGGGGCCUCCUCUGCCGAUGCAGGAGACGGGGAGGUCACCGCGCCAGGAAUGGGCGUGGAGGGAGAGGAGUGGAGGAGGCGUUGCAAGAGGAGGAGUAUGGGGAGCAAGAGGAGCAGGACUCGAGGGUGGAGUUGCUUUCAGUGUUGGACUCUGAAGCCAAAGCGCCACUUUUAGAUGGAGAGCAGUUGGCAACAUAGCGCAGAGUCAGAUGAUGAGCCUAGCACUGUCUGUGCUCAUGAGACAUCUCAGGCUUUCAACCUCCCCACCCACCCAAUCUCCAGUCAACCGUGGUGGUGGUGGGGGUCACAGUGUGGUCUGCAGAUGAAUGUAAUUGUAGGGUGUACUCUUUGUCCUCGUCUGCAUUACCCAAACAUGUGGCCUUGUAUGAACAUUUGUUUGUGCUGUGACAGUACACAUAGGAGUGUUUUCUUUCUUGUACACCUGGCCCUUUUAAAAAGUGUCCUCACAAGGAAAGACAAAAAUGAGAAAAAUCUUCCAAAGUAAGGGUAUUGUGUCUGUUGCAGGACUAUGUUUCACAUCUCGAUUAGGUUUGGAUUAGAGUGGUUUGAAAGAGGGACAUGAGAGCUUAAUGUCCCAGUACAACAGCAUGUUUGCAUGUGUGAAAGGGUGCAUGCAGGCUUGUCUGUAUGGAAAUGUGUAACUCGAGAGGAAAUGAGCGUGCACAUUGGUGGGAUGGGGGAACACCAAUGUGCACUAUACAGGAAGGAUUGAAUCUGUUCAGUGUGUGUUCUGUGUGUAUUGUGACAGGACUGGGUGUGCAAUAUACAAGGUCUUUGAAAACGUGUCUUCAAAUGUGAGGUUUCAAAAUACUACUGAUGUAUUUUUAGUAUAAGAUUUAUUUUCUGAGGAUUUUAUUUGAUGUAUUUUAUUUUUUUUAAGGGUUCUUUUUCCUUCGGGUAGCAACUGCUGAUAAAAACUUGAAGUGGGAUUUUCAAGGGUGGGAUUUGCACAUGUAUUUUUUAUCAAGUGUAAUAUAUACACAGUGUGUGCCUGCUGUACAGGUAUAUACCAACUGACUUUAAUGAUUUAUACCAAGUGUUUUUAAGAAUGUAUUAAAGUAUUUUAAUUUUUUAAUGUAAGGAGUGUUUGGAGUGAAUUUGAGAACUGCUUGCUGUGCAAGUCACAGUUGAUCUGAAUAUAAUAAAAGACUGCAAUAUCUUCUUAAA